CCUGGUGUGUGUCAAUACCUCUCACCUCAGUCACACUCUCAGUGCCGACCCGGAGGGGUACCCUAGGUACGUCGACCCCUGGCCCUGGGGGAGACACCUUGCUGCCCUGAGGGUACCCCAGGUACGUCGACCCCUGGCCCUGGGGGAGUCACCUUGCUGCCCUGAGGGUACCCCAGGUACGUCGACCCCUGGCCCUGGGGGAGUCACCUUGCUGCCCUAGGGGUACCCUAGUUCUGUCGACCCCCUGGCCAUGGGGGAAGAUAUCUUGCUGCCCUAGGGGGGGUACCCUUGGUACCCCUUAGGCCAAGAGAGAUCGUCCUCACACGCCUCAACUACUGUCUACGCUCCUCCGGCCCAACACUGCAAGCCACCUUCCUGCCUUCUGCCCGUUCUGCAACACCAGUCUCUCAGGAGGCCAUUCGACUUGGAGCACCUGCAAGAUGACGACCUGAUGACCUUUCUCAAAGACAGCCAGUUUCUCCAGGUAAUACAAUGAGAACAACGCCCCUAGUGAUGGUGGUUGUGGCCCUGAUGCUCACUGAACCUGCCCACGCCGCCGUUCUUCAGGAGAGGCCCCGGGAGGUGUUGGGGGGCCCAGGCACCGCGUACCUCCACGACCUCAACACUGACCUCGUCACCCUCCUUCGCCGGAACCUGCCACAGAUCAACGACAUCAGGGUUGUUGAUGGUCCCAACGGCCCCCGGCUGGAUAUGCCCCUGAGCGGGUGCAGAGACUCCAUGGACUGCCACCACCGCUUUACCAACUACCUUGGCCUCCUGGUUCGCAUGAUGGAGACAGGCAAAAAGAGGAAGUAAGGAACUAGAUAAGUAAUGAAAUGUAUAAUAUAGAAAACAGAAGCAAAACGGCAAGAGGAAUCAAGAAAAAGGAGUGAAACAGAUGUCAAACUGAAAAAUAUGGCACUGCUUCAUUUGACAGGCAAGACAAAUUCCACGAAAAGAAAUGAUAUAGAUAAUAUAUAUAUUUUUCAACAAAAAAGGAAAACAAAGAAGCUAGACAUGGACAAACAGGAGUUUAUCAAAAGUGAAUACUGUAGUAAAUUACAAACCAGAUUAGAUCCAAACAGGAUUGCAUGAAAAUGAGAUUGCAAACUUGAGUAAACUAUACUAAGAAAACUUAAAGGGUUAAAUAGAAAGGACUAUCAUAUUGAACUAAAACAGAUAGAAUACCUAUAUUGAGGUAAAAUAUGCAGAUAGUACACCCAUACAUAAGAAACCUAACCAGACAUAUUUUUGCAUAUGCACAAAAAAGAUCUAGUGGGAGAAUAUGCAACUGGCAAUGCUGUGGUCGCAGGUUCGCAUCACCUCGCAUCCAUAGUGGAUUUUCUCAGAUUUUUGCAUCUCCCAUCUAAAAAGAUCAACACAAUCAAAGCUGUUUAGACAACAGAUUAACCAUAUUAAAAAUAUAACAUUUUCUAUAACAUUUACUUACCAUAAAAAUGAUUCAUUUCUGUAAUAAACAUUUACCCAUUGGUGGCAUAAUGAAAAGCAUGUAUGAGAACUGUUGUUGGCUACAACUGGCCAAGAUUUAGUCAGCCAUGUCUAAGUAAAAAAUUUAGAACCAUUCAACAUUCAGGCAUCUUGUAAUUUGAAAGCUAUCUGUCCAGUCAAACAUUUGAAGGCCAACAUUACCCAGCCUCAGGCCUUUGUAAGCCAGUUUAAUUGGGCAUAUGUGAACAGUACAAGCAGGCUACAUUGACGAAAACAUUUACCAUACUUAAACUUAACGUGAAUCUGUUACUAAUUUCAGUAUUUGCCCAUGCUGAAGUUAAACAGUCAAUGACCAUAAUUGGACUACAUCUCUAUAACAUAAGAACAAAUAUUGGGUUUAAAAGCUAAAAUACCUGGCUAUGUUUCAUUGACUCGAGUUGCUUAGUGUGUGUGAGAGAUUUUCCUUGCAGGACUGCUUUCAUUCCCAGUGGCUUUCCGACAAAUAUAUAUGUGAUCAGUGUCGCUAGGUUUUGUUUCUCAAAGCACACUAGGUUGCUGGCGAAAAGUGGUUGCUGUUUAGCGGCAGUGUUGGAACUGAAUUACUGUAGACAGUGUGCAACAUUUUUAGAUUAUGCUGUGCCAAGUUUGUGCCAAAAUAUAAGUAUUGGUAUGUUUAUGGACUUAUAAUCUCAGUAAUAGCAAUGUUACGGUAACAAAACAAAAAAUAUUUGUUGUAUAAAUGUCUACUGGCAAGUUUGUUUAACCUUUUUCACUUCCAACCAUUGAUAUAAUAAUGGUUGCCAUGCAUACACAAAUAUAAUUAGCAAAAAUCAUGGUGGUACCCUCAAUACUAAGUGCUUACUGCAAUAUUUGGUUGGUAUGUGAAAACAAUUGUUGAAUAUACAAUUGACAAUAUUUUUGCAAGAGCAUAAACUCUUGUGGCUGCUCUGAAUAAGCCAUCAAUUAAAAUAAAAGAUGUGUUCUAUCCACAUUGCUGGCUCCUUCAGAAGUGGUCCUCCUCACAGCCUAAGUCUUAUGAUAGACUCUUCCUUAUAAACUUUUCAGUCUAGUUUCUUUUGGUGACAACGCCAAACUUUCAUGUGUACAACUACAAAACUUACUUUCAAGAUUCUAGCCAGUCAUUACUAACUCCAUAUACUGUACUUCACUCCUAUAAAUUCUCAUUAUAACUAUCAUUACAUAUUUAUUUCAUCCCACGUUUCUUUCCUACACUAUUCUCUAAUAUUUUUUGUAGUUAAUUCUCAAAUAUCUUUAUUUGGCUUCUGCCAUCCCAUUUCCCAUAAAUGUGCCAGUAACCAUUCCUCUCCAUUAACUUGAAAAAUAUUGUAUAGAUAUAGUACAUAAAACAUUAUUAUGAUACAUC